AUACCAGGGGUGGUCUGGGCACACCGUGGGGGGUUCAGGUGCCACGGUGGGGGGGUCUCACACCCCAAUCCCCCCUCCCCAGACGAGAUCAAGGUGGAGGUCCCGUGCGGGACGGACGAGCCGGCGCGGAUCUGCCCCAACGGCACCAAGUGCAAGAAGUACUGGGAGGGGCCCAACUACGGCAUCACGCAGUUCGACAACAUCCUCUUCGCCGUGCUCACCGUCUUCCAGUGCAUCACCAUGGAAGGCUGGACCGACCUCCUCUACUAUGUGAGCGGGGCCCGCUGCCCGCCCGGUGCCGCCCCGGUGCCGUCCGGUGCCGUUUGGUGUUCUCCCGGUGCUGCCCGGUGCCCCCCCGGUGCUGCUCGGGAGUUUGCCAAAGAGCGGGAGCGGGUGGAGAACCGCCGGGCGUUCCUGAAGCUGCGGCGGCAGCAGCAAAUCGAGCGGGAGCUCAACGGAUACAUGGAGUGGAUCUCCAAGGCGG